AGAGACAAACAAGUUAACUGAACUGCCUGACAAGAUUUUUCGCAACACGACGAUGCUUACAACACUAGGGCUUGGCUACAACCAGAUCUCCAAUCUUCACCCUGAUACGUUCAAGUACAUGUCCAGUUUGAACAAUUUAUAUUUAAGUGGCAACAGACUAACGAAUCUAUCAGGAACAUUGUUUCAUAACAACACCAAACUGGGCUACCUAUCAUUUGAGAACAAUCUCUUGGAGGUAGUCCCUGUGAAUCUCUUACAGGAGUUAAAAAAUCUGAAAAUACUUGGGUUUGCUAGAAACAAACUACGAAGUCUGCCUGAUGGGAUCUUUAGAAAUACCAGGAACCUUGAAACCCUUUUUUUAGGUAUGAAUAAUUUGUCAAGUGUUCAUAUCAAAAAUCUUGGACAAGUGAAAUACUUAAUGCUUCAUCAGAACAGUAUCACAUCCAAGUCGCUGAGUCGUGCAGUCUUGUACGCACUACCAAAACUAAAUGCUCUCUGGGCAUCAUACAACAACAUCGAAAACAUCCAAGAUUACACCUUCAUGAACAAUAGAAAAUUAUAUCAUCUCCUGCUGAAUAACAAUAGACUGAAACGCAUUACGAGUGGAACGUUUAAUUGGGCAUUCGUUUUAGAAAUACUGUUUCUUUCAGAUAAUCCAAUAGAAUACAUCGCCGAUGGAGCUUUCCUUAGGAAUUUCAUGCUCAAAAAUCUGUACCUAUUGCAAACCAAGAUCAAAAACCUUAACGUGAAAUGGUUUAGUCCAUUCGUGUACAGAAUUAGAACAGCAAUACAAAUAUAUCCAACCGAAAAUGCCGAGACAAUAAAAAUGUUAGACCUGAGUAGCGAUUUGAUGGCUGGGUACAGCAGCACUGGAUUCCAAUGCAAUAAUGAGGGAAGAUACAUAUAUUGUAAACCUUGUUUAUCCGGGAGUUACAUCACCUACAAUGCUACAAUACAAGAGUUUCUUUGCAUUUCUUGUCCAGCAGGUGGGUUUUACCAAGACGCACUUGCAUUCUAUGGCGAACGAGCGUAUGGUAAUGGAUGCCAGAUGUGCGACAACGGGACGUUUGUAAGAACAGCACCAGGAAGAAGAAAAGAAGACUGUAAACCAUGCCCUGAGGGAACAAAAAAUGAUGGGUUUGCAGGCUUCAGAGCCUGURGAUGCCAAGACGAGUUUUAUCGUCUCGAUCGCUUUGACAAGUGCUACCCUUGUCCUGACUCUGGCGUCAGGUGUUUUAACGAGUCGAUGACCCUGGAGGCUGGGUACUACUGGCAAUGGAUUUCCAAGUCAGAGAAAGAUUACUACAUCAACUUUACCAAUAACCUACAAAUCUUCGACGACAGCUAUGAUAGAGACCUUGUUCAGUUUAAUGGAUCUUUCCCCAAACAUUACCAAUGUCCACGAUCAGAGUCAUGCCUUGGAGGACUGGACGCUGAAUGUGCUGAGGGUUACACAGGUCCCUUGUGUGCUGUAUGUGACAAGAAACAUUACCAGCUCAUUGCAACGUGUUUCMAGUGUCCAGCUGUACACUGGCUUAUUUUUCAGAUUUGUGCAAUCUUAUUGGUUGUUGUGAUAAUCAUUUACGUGGUCUUCAAAGGAAAGCAGCGCAAAGCAGGAGCUAAGCGCUCCCUUACCGACAUCAUCCUUGCUCGUCUCAAGAUCAUUGUAUCCUUCUAUCAAAUCUCUUCUGGUACACUCGACGCAUUCUCGUAUGUUCAGUGGCCAAGUGCCUUGACCAAGAUGAGUGAGUACGCCAAAUUCGUUCAGCUGAACAUCCUGCAAAUUGCACCUCUACAUUGUUUCAAUUCUCGUCUUAAGAUGGAUGCGUACGCAGAUCUUGUAAUCACGUGUUCCAUGACUGCUGGUGUCAUUCUUGUAGCUUUGGCCUAUUACCACCUGAAGCGUGUUUAUCUUAGCAAAAGGGCUGGAAAAUCGUCCAUUCAAACUGACCUAGACGCUACUAAAGAGGCUUGCUACCGAAACGUUUUUCUGUUCAUUUUCGUAACUUACCCACAGACAUGUUCAAAGAUAUUCCAAAUGCUCCCUGCAUCUUGCCACAAAAUCUGCCAAGACAGCAGCGAACAACAGUGUUCCUCCUACUUAAAGGCCGACUACUCCAUAACUUGCUUUACUGACAAAUACAACCAGUAUGUGAUCCUGGCUUAUGCUGCAUUGAUCUACCCCUUUGCUGUUCCAUUACUAACGGUAGCAGUUCUGUGGAAAUAUCACCACAAGAAGACUUUGCUAGAAGCUGCAAAUGUUGCCUCGAGGGAUGAAAAGUUGGUAAGUAACACAAAAGAGUCGGAAAAGCGUACUAAAUCAGUAGAUGAAAUAAAACAAGUGAUCAAAACAGAUACUAAGAAGUGUCAGAACACAAAUAUUUCAAGAAAAGAAAAUCAUGUAAUCAAGAAAGGAGACGAACAUCUAGAGGUGAUAUCUGAAGAACAAGACACGAUUGCUGUUGCCAACGAAACUGCGUCACCAAAAAAGACACCCAACUCAAGACAUGUCCACUUCAUGGUUGGUGAGGUAAAACAUGACCAGUUACAGACAGUUGGAAAUUAUUCAGACGAGAACAAAAUGUCCAGAAAUGAGAAGCCGCCAAGACGUCCACGACUUUCUCUAUCAAAAGCUGUCCGUGCAAUAUCUGAGACAAAGAAAGUCUUCAGUAACCAAAAGGGGUCCACAAACGAAAAGAAAGGCAGGCGACUUGGAAGAUCUGUUGUAGCAACUGUCCCAAUUGUCGCAGGAAUGAGUUUCAUAUUUGAAAACUACGCAGAUAAUUGUUGGUUCUGGGAAACUAUUGAGAUGACCAGAAAGCUGUUGCUGACGUCUUCUUUGGCUUUGAUUGGUGCAGAAGGACGAAACUCUCUUGGAGUUGCUUCAAUGCUUUCAGGCUGCUAUGCCAUCCUUCACGCUCACUUUAUGCCGAUUCCCGACAAGUUCGAGCAUACUCUUCAGUUAACAUCACUUCUGGUAACAUUUGCUAACACGUGUAUUGGGAUGAUGCUCAAGAUAGACCAAGGUGCCUUGCUGGAUGCUGAUGCUAAGAUCAUGGAUUCCUUGAUCAUCACAGUACUCUUAGUGACUUCUAAUGUCAUGGUUACUGCUCUCGUUGUCGUAAAAUAUUCGGUGGCAGUUGGUCAAAGUAUAUAUUAUCUCAUCAAGAAUCCUCGUUGUUCUCUGUCUUGCUGUCUGUCAAUCAUGCUGACUAUUGAUGAGGUACAAAGUGAAGCACGAAGCAUGGACGCUAACAGCGGAUGGAGGACAAAAAGCAUUGCCAAACCCAGCUGUGAACUUUCAGAAGCCGGUCUUGGGGAUGUUGCAGGAGAAUAUGGUUUAACUGAAGUUGAUAUGGAUGAUGGGGGUGAAAGUAAUGAAGAGCAGGAAGGAGAUGAAGAGGAGAAGAUCAAUGACGAAGAUGAACGACAAGAAAAAAAUAAUUCAUCCAAACUGUUUAAAAAGGCUAUUCGCAUCAACCUUGGAGGUCUAAAGACCAAAAGGUUGUGAAUACUUGAUCGACAGAGCAGAAAGGAACAAGUAUUUUAAAUUAUUUCCAGCCAUUUUUCUCCCUCCAUAAUUUUUUCAGCUAUUUCUCUCUCCCCAAAAAUUGACAAACUUCAGCAAAAUGUUAAUUAAAUUGAACUGGAUAAUAAUUUUUUUCUCACUUGUCAUGUUGGCUCCCCCUUCUCCCUAAAUUUUCUGAUUUGUUUUCUUUCUCCCUGUUCUUCUCAGCUCUUAAUAUAAUUGAAUUCAUAAUCUUUUUGAAUAUUGUCUUAUUUAGCUGUAGUGCAAAAACUACUUGAUUUUUUUUGGAUGUCAUACCCUUUGUAACGAGGGUUUUUCAGAUGUCAUACCCUUUGUAACAAGUGUUUGUAAAUAUUUUGAAAUGGGACCCUGAAGCACUGAACUGCUUCAAAAACUUAGGUAUAAUUCACAAACCUUUGGUUGAAUUACAGCUACCAUACAUGUCGCAAACAUAGAGAUUUCUACUUUGAUAGAUGUUUGUACAUCAAUAUUAUGCACAGUGAGGUUUGUACAUCACUGUCAUGCUCAGUGAGUCCAAAAAAGGCUCCCAAAAAUUGAAGACAGCAUGACCAACUCAAGACAGGGGCACUACUCGGCGAUAUUUUGUGGGUCAUCCAUGAUCUUAUGUGAGACUGAGCUUGAUGAGGAUCUAUGCCUGGAUGUACCUUUAUCUAUGAUAAAGUCAUCCUCAUUAGCAUUGAUUAGUAUUCCUUAUAUAAAGAAAACUAAUGAAGAGGUAUUUAGGGGGUUUAAGAUCCAUGCAUGUGACAGGUAUGGUCGCUUCAAUUGGUUCAAAGGGUCUUUAAUUAUUCAUGAAUUUUUGAAAGCAAUAUAAAAUCGCUGCUUAUGUCAUACUGUGAUAAAAACAGUAUGAGCCAUAGAGCACUCGAAAAGCAAGAGAACACUCAGCUAUACCUCAUGUUCCUAAGCUUGUUUUGUGCUCCACAGCUCCCAGCAUGCUACGUAUGUCACAGUACAGAGACAUGUGCGCUCAUCUUAUAUUCCUUAAUUCUACAGUAUGUUAGAAAAAAAUAGCUUUUGCCCUAUAGACUUUUCUAUAGUUGGCCUGUGUUGUCUUUUGCUGUUACUAUAAUGCACCACAGUGCUUUAAAGCUCCCUGGGUCCAAAAUUCUGUUACUAGCAUGUCUUGGGAGUUGAACCACAGAAUAGCUUACCAGAAUCAGAGGAAUGAGAGAAUUCUGGAUUCCUGGGAAUCCCAGAUUCAAAAUAACUUAGAUGGCCAUAUGCAUAGACAUAUUGGUAGACUAUUCCAAAUAUUAUCUGCAUAUUCUAAAUAUACUUGUUUGCUAGUGCUAGCAUACUAGCUGAAGGGGAAAUAAAGUCUUUGCUUGGUAUUCAUUUGCUAGGGUUUGGGGCAGUUUGCUUAAACCAAAAAAGUAGCGAGCUUGAGAUAUAAAUAUAUCUUGAAAAAUAAUUAUAGCUUAUUUGAUUUGCGGAUCUAUUAAAAUGUUAAAAACAUUA